ACAAACACACACACACACACACAACAAGUUCUCUUUCUACUUCCUCUGUUUCUCUGUCCUCUCCCCUAUCUGUUUUCUCUCUCUUUUUUAUCUGUGUUUUUUCUCUGCAAAGAAACCCAAGAAUAACUCACCGUUUCUUCUCAAUUUCGCUCUGAAAUUCCCAAAACCUUGCUCAGCAAUGCGUGAUCUUCCCCCCAACUGCUAUUUUGAGUUCUGAUACCCGAGCUUUCUAUUGAAUUGCUUAAAGAGAAAAACUUGCUUAAUUUAAUUUGGAAUCGGAAAUGCUUGAAGCUGUGGAAAGUUCUGUCAAUGGCGGCUUCUCGCAGUUGCAGAGCUGUGGAGAUAGCAGCGAGGAGGAACUCUCUGUACUCCCUCGUCAUACCAAAGUGGUAGUGACGGGGAAUAACAGGACUAAAUCCGUACUUGUGGGUCUCCAAGGUGUGGUCAAGAAGGCUGUAGGUUUAGGCGGAUGGCAUUGGCUGGUUCUUACUAAUGGCAUAGAAGUAAAACUUCAGAGGAAUGCCCUUAGCGUGAUUGAAGCUCCUACUGGUAACGAGGAAGAUGAUGACCUUGAUUUCGAUAGCAUUCCCUGGAAUGGAUCAGAUUUGACAUCCGAUGACACUCAAAAGUCCCAUAGAUCAAGACAUAGAGUGCACAAGUCAUCAGGGUCAUCUCACAAGACUAUGUGCAGAUCUCUGUCCUGUGACUCUCAAUCGAAGGGCUCUAUCAUUACUUCUCGUGGGCCCAUGAUAUCUCCUGCACAGAAAGUUGACCUGAGCAAACUGGAAAUGGCUGCUUUGUGGAGAUAUUUGCGACAUUUUAAUCUUGUUGAUGCCAUUCCCAACCCAUCGAAGGAGCAACUUGUAGAUGUUGUGCAGAGGCAUUUCAUGUCACAGCAAAUCGACGAGUUGCAGGUGAUUAUGGGGUUUGUUCAGGCUGCAAAGCGACUGAAGACUGUUUGCAAAUGAGGUGUAGUGAGAGAGAGUCGGAGAAAUGUUUGAGUUUGGUUGUCCAUGCUAACAAAUACUUGAUCCCAAUGGCCACCCUCCUGUAGUAAUAUCUGUAACAUAACUAUCCAGGCUUGUUUAUGUUUAUGAUGUCGAUUAGUAGAUUGGCAUUAGUUACCUCUGUUUGAAAUAUAGAGGAUCUUACUUACCUUUUUGGUAGCGUAGUUAUGUAGAUAUUUGUAAACUUGUGACAAGAAAAGACUUCUAAGAAGAACCUGUGCUUUCUUCCUAAGCUUGGAUGAAUGUAUUGCUGACAUGGGGAAGUGGGCUUUUUCCAAAAAAAUGUACAUAUCCUUCAGUUUUCAGCUUUUCAAGGUUGCCAAACUUUAGCAAACCUUCUUGUGAAUGAUCGUACACUAGCACAAAACGCCUUAUUGUUUUUUUCUUCUUUA